AUGGACGGACCAUCUAGUGUUUCAUUCAGCCACAUCGCGUACUUGACGUUUGAGUCGGUAUUGCAGGUGGUUAUUGUGGCAUUUUCCGGGUUUUGGUGUGCAUACACAGGGCUGCUGCCUAAACAGGGUCAAAAAGUGAUCUCCAGACUAAAUGUGGACCUUUUCACACCAUGUUUGAUUUUUAGCAAACUGGCCCGGAGUUUGUCCGUGGCAAAGAUUCUGGAAAUCGGGGUGAUUCCGUUGUUCUACGCGCUCACCACAGGUGUGUCGUUUGGGUCUGGAAAACUGUUGAGUCGUCUGCUCAAAUUAGACCCCGACGAAACAAACUUUGUGGUGGCCAACUCCAUUUUCGGAAACAGUAACUCGCUCCCAGUCUCGUUAACCGUUUCGCUGGCUUACACGCUGCCGGGUCUGCUGUGGGACGAAAUUGCCAACGAUAACUCUGAUAACGUGGCCAGUAGAGGUAUCCUUUACUUGCUGAUCUUUCAACAGAUCGGCCAUGUGCUCCGCUGGUCCUACGGUUACAACACUUUGAUGAGAUGGAGAGGCGACCGGGGCCAUUCCACGACGGUCAGCGUCUCUGAGCAGUUGGAAGUGCCCGAUUUAUCGGCUACAGACGCUGCAGAGGCCAGCAGCACGCUUUCGGGCCGCACCUCCAGCAGUUUCUUGAAAUUCCGCUCCAAGACGUCUCAAAUUUUUAACAGAAUAAUAGCUGCCAUGAACCCUCCUCUGUGGUCCAUGGUGUUCAGUGUUUUGGUGGCCACCAUCCAUCCUAUCCAGCAUGAGUUUUUCAGCAAGGAUGGUUUUGUCAACAAUACCCUUUCAGACGCCAUAACACAGCUUGGAGGCAUCUCUAUUCCGUUGAUUUUGGUCGUUUUGGGAUCCAACCUGUACCCAUCGCAAGACACUCCGCAGGCGACCCGUAACUACAAAAAAUUGGUUUUCGGAUCGAUCGUCGGCCGUAUGAUUCUACCGUCGAUGGUCAUGCUUCCAAUCAUCGCUCUAGCUGUGAAAUACAUCAAAGUGAGCAUUUUAGAUGACCCUAUCUUCUUGGUGUGCGGCUUCAUCUUGACAAUUUCGCCUCCUGCCAUUCAACUAACUCAGAUCACACAGCUAAACGAAUUUUUCGAAAGCGAAAUGGCCGGUGUGCUGUUUUGGGGUUACGUGGUGCUUUCGCUGCCCAUUAGUAUUUUCGGUGUCAGCGCUGCAAUGGGCGUAUUGAAGUGGGCUCAAGAAACGCAGUAA